AUGGAAAGGGACAACCAAACCAGCAGUGUCUCCAUGUUCAUCCUCCUGGGACUCUCUUCCCGGCCUGAGGACCAGAAGCCACUCUUUAUCCUCUUCCUCAUCAUGUAUCUGGUCACUAUAAUAGGGAAUCUGCUAAUCAUCCUGACCAUCUGCUCUGACCCCCAGCUCCAGACCCCAAUGUAUUUCUUCUUGAGUUUCCUGUCUUUCACUGACAUUUGCUUCACAACAAACACUGUCCCCAAGAUGCUGGAGAACUUCCUUUCAGAGAAGAGGACCAUCUCCUAUGCUCGGUGUCUGACUCAGAUGUAUUUUCUCUAUGCUGUGGGUAACACAGACAGUUGCCUUCUGGCAGCCAUGGCCUUUGACCGCUAUGUGGCCAUCUGUGACCCCUUCCACUAUGUCACCACCAUGAGUCACCGCUGCUGUGUCCUGCUGCUGGCUUUCUCCUGCUCCUUCUCUCACCUCCACUCCCUCCUACACAUUCUCCUCCUGAAUCGUCUCACCUUCUGUGAUUCCAAUGUUAUCCGCCACUUCCUCUGUGAAAUCAACCCUCUGCUGAAAUUGUCCUGCUCCUCCACGUUUGUCAAUGAACUUGUGAUAAAGACAGAAGGACUGGUUGUUUUGGUAACCCCCUUUUUAUUCAUAGCUUUCUCUUAUAUACUUAUCCUUAUCACGGUUCUCAAGAUUCCCUCAGCCGCUGGGAAAGGCAAAGCUUUCUCCACCUGUAGUGCUCACCUCACAGUGGUGACCCUCUUUUAUGGAAGCAUCUUCUAUGUCUAUCUUCAGCCCUUGUCUACCUACACUGUCAGGGACCGGGUGGCAACAAUCGUCUACACAGUUUUGACCUCGAUGCUAAACCCUUUUAUCUACAGCCUGAGGAACAAAGACCUGAAACGGGGUCUGAGGAAACUGAUGAGUAGGAGAAAAUUCUAG